AAGAAAGCAGACAUGGAUGAAAGUGGUGGCGGUUAUCAGGUGCGCGCGGGUGCAGGGGAACGUCGGAUGGGGAUGAAGGUGAUGGUGGCCGUAGAUGAGAGCGAUGGGAGCUUCUAUGCGCUUAAGUGGGCCCUUGAUAACCUCUUGACCACGAUGGCUACGGUGGGAGAUGCCACACCGGAUAAUGAGGGCAUGAUGUUUCUUGUUCAUGUUGAACCCAAAGUUCAUAACUAUGUGUACCCUGUUGGACCUGGUGGAGCUGCUUUUUAUCCUACAACUGUAGUGGUGGAUUCUGUGAAGAAAGCACAAGAAGAAAGAUCAACAACUAUUCUCUCAAGGGCUUUGAAAAUGUGCCAUGAUAAGUUGGUGAAAGCAGAAAGUAUGAUUCUUAGUGGAGACCCAAGGGAAAUGAUAUGUGAAGCAGCAGAGCAAAUGCAAGUUAGUCUCCUAGUCAUGGGUAGCCGUGGCCUUGGUGUACUCAAAAGGACAAUUCUUGGAAGUGUGAGCGACUAUUGUGCGCAUCAUGCGAGAGUACCAAUCCUUAUUGUGAAACCGCCGCAACCAGAGCACAAUAAGAAGCAUUAAUGCCACUUUUUUUCUGUUUUAAGUACUCGCAUCUUUUCAUCAAGUGCGUAUUUAUGUAUUUUAACGUCUUUUCUAAUAAAUUAGAAUAAGACAAGUGAUGCAUGGAACAAUGAUGUAAUGUUAUAAAAAUUAUUUGAGAAUUUUUUAUCAAAUAUUGUUUUCUUAUA